CUGUGUACAUCUGCAGCCUCAUGGCAACGACGAUUGAAAAACUGAAGGCGGAGAUACUAGAAGAGAAAAGAUUGAAGCAAGCACUAGAAGAAUCAACUAAAGAACUCUCUAGUACCAUCAGUGAAUUGGAAGAAGGCUUCAGUAAAAUAGAAACUGAUGGAAAUGAAUGGCAAGUGAGAUACCAAACUCAAUUAGAAAAGAACCAGCAACUGGAAGCGAAAGCAAGACAACUGGAAGAAGAUAUAAAGAAUGCAAAACAAAGUAAAACCGCUUCAACGAUUUCGGUAAAUGAUUCUUAUCAAGACAUGUCAGAUGCAAACCUUAAACAGUUGCUACGACGACUCAAUGCAGAGAAGAAGGAGCUCGAACACCAACUGAAAGACUACGAAUGGCGUUUGGACCGAGAAUCAAGGGCAUUUUACAAAGCAGAUGAAGAUCGUCGACUUCACAUGUCUGAACUUGCACACGCUCAGUUAUUGCUCAGUGAAGGCCAAGGCCAAAAAAGACAGUCAUUCAACAAACGACAGAAAGAUCAAGAACAAAAGCUCAGCAAGCACCUGGCAGAAACAGCAAGCAUCACUAACAGCCCUCAAUUAACAAACACAGCAGAGCAAGCAACAGUACAAACUGAUGGUAACGGCAGUCAGAAUGACACCAAGGACAAAGAUUCACAAUCUCAACACUCGGUGCAAGAGACAGGAGACAGUACAGGCACCCAUGAGAUUAAAUAAUCUAACUUCUACUGUAUUUGUCUAGAGUGGUGUACAACACAAACAAUUUACAAGCAUAGAAAUCUAGCAAGAUGGGUGUAAAAAUGUACAUUGUUAUCCAGAAA